AGCCAUCCAGGCCAAGAAGGGAGAACUGGUUAAACUUUGCUUGUGUCCUAGGAACGGAUCGACCUGGUCUUUUCGGAAAUGUUUUCUGGCACUGCUUAGAGGCUUAGGCUUACUGGACGUGUGCGGUAGCAAAAUGGCCCGCGCAUCGAGCGGGUCAUUCCUCCUAGUUCUCAUCACAGUUCUGGUCACGCUUUCUGGUUGCCUCGGUAUUAAGUUUGACCCAUGUCAACCGCUCUCAGAAAUUGCAAGGGGCGACGCGUUUCCUCUUGGUUUAGUUUUGAUACCUUCUAUAAACGCGAGUCUCUUGGCGAACCUUACAGCUGCAAACGGGGGUAUGUGUAACACGUCGUUUCAGAAUUACCUGGUCACCAAGUUCAACGCGCGCGUGGCGAUAUACAAUAUGCGGGUGGACCGCCUUCAGGUCCUCAAAAUGCCUUUCCCGGACAUCAUCUUUAGCAUGGUCAACGCCACCACGCCGCUGAUGGCGCUCGCAGCCUUCAGGGCCAACGUCACCUCGGCGCCCAUCUACAUCGCUAGUGGUUACACGCCGGAGACGUACGGUGCCGGCUUCAUGGUAUCCACUGCAUUGCUGCUCAGAUUCGACUUGGGCAUGUUGCAGUAUCUGCAGUGGUACGACAUGACGUGCAACGAGUGCGGCGGCAUACGGUCCGACUUGUGUCUCCACUGCACCCAGGCCGGCAUACGAGCAUGUGCCACACCGCUGAACAGCUGCACCUGCAACACCACCAUCAACACGGACGCCGCGAGCAACAGCAGCAGCAGCAAUAGUAGCAGCAGCAGCUCGAGCUGCUCUCUGGCAGAUGAGCGUUUUGAUGUAUGCUCCACCUCCAUCAACGCUGCCUGGCUGGGCACCGACCGGAACAGUGCCGUACUACGCACCGGACCUCAGGUUCAGAGGCUCAACGCCUACUCCAUCACGGGGCUCUUCAACACGGCCAGAGACAAAUUCACACAGCUGAAAAACUUCGCGUACACAAACGUUCUGAGCAGUUGGAAUGCCGUCAGCAGCGACGCACAGAGCCAGUACGUGGACUUCGAGGGCGGCAUCACACAGUACGACAGGAAGUCGCCGCCGCCGCCUCCACCGUCGCCGCCAAGGCCGCCGGCCCCGCCGCCGUCGCCAUCUCCACCUCCUGGUCCGCCGUCGCCGCCAGCGCCGCCAGCACCGCCCCCUGCCCCGCCGUCGCCGCCAGCGCCGCCAGCGCCACCCCCUGCCCCGCCGUCGCCACCGACACCGCCAGCGCCGCCGCUAUCGCCGACGCCUGCAGCUGCUCCUGCAUCUGGACGCCGACUUACGCAAGACGAAGCCGGGACGGCUGCUGCUGCUGCGGCUGCAGUGCAGGACGCAGCGGCGAAGGAGCAGGAGCCGGAGGAGGCGAAGUUAUGA